AUGUCCGGCACUCCCAUCCACCGUGCUUCGCAUAACGUACACAUACCUACAGUCGACCUGCCAACUUACAUAUUUUCCAAUUCGAUUAAACAUCGUAAGGAGCCGCAAUAUUUCGAUGCAGAUAACCCGUCCGUCAAUUACAGCCUAGGACAGGCUCAGGUCUGGGUUAAACGAUGGGCCAAAGGAAUUCAAGACUUUGGCUUAAAGCCAAACGAGAAGAUCAUGCUCUUCUCAGGAAACUCGGUUUAUUUCCCCAUCAUGCUCUGGGGAGUCCUUGCCUCGGGUUGCGUCUUCACGGGCUGCUCACCAGGGAGCUCUGUUGAUGAACUGGCAAACCAAAUGCUUGAUUCUGAUACUGUGCUUUUGUUGGCAGACCCUGCACUACUGAGCAACGCAUUUCGGGCAGCAGACAAGGCGGGGCUGGCUCGCUCGAAAGUCCUGGUCUUUUCGCCAUUGGGUGACACGAGCUCGUACAAUGCAAGGACCUGGAUUAGCUUAUGGCCGUCCGAGGACGAAGUCAAUCAUUGGGAUUGGCGGCGACUUAGAACCAAGGAGCAGGCGCAAUCUGCAACCGCAGUCAUCAAUUAUUCUAGCGGCACAACAGGUCUACCGAAAGGAGUGGAGAUCUCGCAUUACAACAUGGUCGCAAAUGCGGCACAAGUGGCAUUCAAACGGAGCCUAGUUGGGAAUUCGGCGUCCGGGCGAGAACGAAAGCAGCGGAUCGAUAUCUCUAGCGAAAGAUGGUUGGCGCCACUGCCCAUGUUUCAUGCAUAUGGACAAUCUUAUUACUGUACAACGGCUGCUAUAAUCGGCGCAAAGGUAUUCAUUAUGCCUAAAUACAACUUGGACAAGUACUUGCUGUAUCUAGACAUCUACCGGAUUACAUUCCUUGCCAGCGUUCCCACGCUGAUGGUUUCGCUCGCAAAACAUCCCCGAGCAUCUUCUUACAAUCUCAAGGCCAUAGAAGCGGUCACAACUGGUUCUGCGCCGCUCAAUGCAGACAUCGGCAAACUUGUCGAGGAGAUUUAUCUACGCCCUGGGGUCCAGGUGAAACAAGGCUGGGGACUGACCGAGAACGCCUCCUCGGCGACCGGUUUCGCACCGGACGAUAGAGACGACGGGCGAUCAGUCGGCCACUUGAAUCCGAAUAUGAGUGCCAAGAUCGUCCCGCAGCCAGACUUUGGGUUCGACAGCGAUGGAAGCAUUCCGUACACGAUCGGUGAGAUCUGGUUGGCGGGGCCGAAUAUUAUGAUGGGCUACUACAACCGACCGGAGCAAACAGCGUCAACGAUUGUUUUAGAAGAUGGGGAGAGAUGGCUUAGGACUGGUGACAUAGGCUACAUUGAUGACGAGGGCAGAGUGUAUAUCGUCGAUCGUAUGAAGGCAAGUGGGAGUUUACCUAAAGAUGCGAAUAUCUUCAAGCAGCUGACACAUAAGGUUUAG